UCAACUGCGAUGAAAAUUUAAAACUUUGUAUUGGUAUUUGCUAAUUUGGUAAACAAAUUUAAAAACUAAGACUGCAGUCUACACUUAAAUGCUAUACUAGAAUUGCAUAUUUUAGUUUUUAAAUAAUUACAGUUUUUUCUAAGUUAAAUUCGUAGUAUCAAAAUUAAAUGCCUAUUAAUCUAAUCAAUUUUUUAAAUGGCUCAACAAGUAUCAGCUCUUUAUCGCUUGGAAUUUUACAAGAAUAAGAAAAAUUGGAAGUUUUAUACCAGUUAUAAUGGCAAAAGAUGUCGAAACAACGUUGAUAAUCAGAGUAUGAAUGUGACCUAUGUUGUUGAAGACAACUCCGAAUCAAAUGAAAAACUGAAUGCUGCUUUCAUUGAAGGGGACUCAGAUUCACAAAAUGUAAAGAAUUCAUCAAAGACCAGCGAGGCAGACUCUACCAGAACAACCGCCACCAAUCUCUCUCAGGAGAGGCUGACCAAUAUCAACAUCUGGCCCACGAGUCGGGAUAGAGAAGGGGACAACAGCAGCCACACUCUGCUGCAAAGAGUUCUCUUAAACUCUCACAACAGGAACUUCAACUGUGCCCAGGAUAAGAUCACUCCAGAAGUAAGACUACCAGGUCGUGUAGAACAUCGACUAGAACAACUGCAGAGGGUGUGGCAGGGGUGCGGUGGGGAUACGCCCCAGGGAGUGGGGGUGGGGCCGCCUCCCACCUCGCUCUGGAACACCCAGGCCGUGCCAGAGAACGCGGCAACGUAUUAUCCCACGUGCUCGGAGGUCCCGGAUCCGUACGAGCUUCUGGUGUCUGCUGCUGAUGUCGUUGAUCACAUACAGGAAGGUGAGGCCGAGGGAGCGGUUCCGGAGAAACUGUUGUCCUCAAAAAGGUUCCUGGUGAACUUGCAGCAGCAAUUCAAUGUCGAGGCGAACGUGUCGGUAGACAGCUACAGCGAAUUCGUGCGCGGCGCAGCCCUGGCGGCACACUGCUCCGAGGUGUCGCUGCAGCUGCCCGACUCACUGUCGAACAGCGAUAUCACCGCGAACACCGUGGCACAGCUGUCGUCUACACAGCUUUGUGCCGCCAUCCACACGCAGGCCGAGCUACUGGCCGCACUACUGUGGGAGAACGAGGAAAGACAGAAACUAAGACAUCAGCUCGAAGGUAAAAUGGAUCACGGCAAUAUCGAGGAGCUUCCGACAUGGGAAAUGAACCAUUACUGUCACUACAAUAGCGUUGAAGAUAUGGUGCACGGCGAGCGGGUCGUGGCCGGCUCGUAUCGCAACACCAGCGACACAGACUGGGGCGUAGAACUCGCUCCAAUCCAAGUUAUCGGAAGGCUUUGACUACGAAACGUCAUUUUGAUUGUCUAUGGGUAAAUUUUAUAUGAUUUUACAAACUAUAAGUAUAUAAUACAAAUUUCCCAUAUUAUUCUAUAAGAUUUCCAUGUUGUCUACUAUUGUAUUGAUAUAUUUUUGAUAUCUUGUAUUAUUAAGUCCUGCUUUGUGCGGGUGUAGCGCAGAAGAGAAGGACGCCAUUUUGAUUGUCUCUGCUCUAAUACUAUUUGAUUGGUACCCUUGCGUGUUCCUGGACGAGUAUAAAUAACUAAAGAGGACUGAAAAACGAAACUUAUUAAUGUUACGUAACAUAUUCGCGGUUGACUUGUAAACUUAAUGAAGACUGAUAAAUAUAUUUAAAGAUCUCGACCAUAGAGCAUGGUUUUUAAUAGAGCGCGCGCACUGCAAGCUUUUUAUAGUAUAAAUAAUGAUGUCUUAAAUUUUUAUGUGCAAACAGCACACAAAAAGAAUUAUUAUAAGGAAUGACAAGUUAAAGGAUUAAAUUAUCAACCAAUGACAGUUGAGUCUUCAGUAACAGAAGUACAGCCUAUACAACGAUCUCCGAAGGGGUUUCGAUUAAAGUUAUUCCAUCGCUCUAUUCCUAUCGUCAGUCUCUUUUUUAUUAUAAGCUAUGUUCAUCCUCUCAACAUGUCAUAACGAGCCUGUGCUGUUAUUUCAAUGCCGUUUAAUCUUUUACCAAGGUCUAGUCUUUUUUGUACCAAAUAUAAUCAAAAUCGAAUUUGGAGUUAGCUGUGAGAGUGUGACGUUGUUUGCAUAUCCAUACGAAUUUUAAUCCCCUAUUACGUCCACCCAUAGGUCGAAAUUUUAAAAACGAUAAAUGACUAAUAUAUUUAUUUACUUCUUAUGAAGUGCCUAAAUACUAAGUUUUAUGGUGUCAUCUUCGAUAAUGACGAACUUUCAUACAAACUUUCGUCACCUAUUUCAACCCCUCCAUUUAUUUUUUGCAAUAAAAGUAUGCCUUUAUCCUUUUCUAAGCUCUAUUCUUUUUCUGUACUAAAUUUCAUUAAAAUCAGUUUGGUACUUUAGGCGUGAAAGCGUAACAAACAAACUUACAUUCACAUUUAUAGUAUUAGUAGGGAUAUGUUAUGAACGGCUGCUAAUUGCUUGCUUGAUGCUUAUAAUUAUUUUUAACGUUAACAUUCCAUCAUUAAUCGUUACAAUUUCAUAGAUAUCAACCGAUUUGCUAGCGCUCGCUCUAUGGACGGCCUAACUCUGUGGUCAUGACUGAUUAGUAGAUAUGUAAUUCCUCAUCUUUUGUUACUUUAUAUUAUAACACCUCACAUGCCAAAAAUAUAGAUUUAAAUAGCGUGUAAGUCGUAUCUUUCGCAAAGUUGUUAAACUGUUGGUUCUGCAGAGCAAGUUAACCUAACAUGUGAUAUGUAAAUUUAAUUUUGUAAAUGUUUAAUCUAGUGUAGCAAUUAUAAUUUAUGUGCGAGUUUUUUUUAUUAUACGCUAUACCAUUUGUUUAUAGAAUUACGGUGCGAAGAUGAAUCUAACAGUAUUAUAUUUUGUUUUGUAUGGUAAGUGGACCGUGGGCUAUGGGACCUACAUGCUCUGUGGUGUACAGACAUGUCUGCCUGUUAAUUUCAACUGAGACAAAAGUCACCUGUCUCCCAGGGGGCAGGACGAUGAUCCUUCAUUUUCCACGUGUUAACCCUUAUAUACAUACACCCUUAUUCGUGGUACUCUUCACCCUUUUUAACACAUCCUCGAUGAUAUCAUCGUGGAGGCCAACCUUUCCCGCCAUUUUCACCUGAUACGUUAGAUCUAUAAAUUAGUACAGUUACUUUCGUCCAUCCCCUAUAUGAUGAAAGCAACUUAACCUCAAAAUAAGUUGAAAUAACUCCAGUACAAAUACGAUUCUGAUAUCUUAUUAUUGUAGUAAUGCAUAAGUGUAUGCUGAUGCCUUCGAUGUCUAGUAUUAAAUUAAUACAGACCCUUAAAUAAAAAAGUAUUUUAUUGUGAUAUUCACAUAAAUCGAAAAAUACUCAAGUGUUGACAUUACUAAUGAACUUUGUACAUUGAUGAAGGUACUACUAAAAGAUUCCUGAUGUGCCAUUUUCAUAAAUCCUUUUUGAUAAAGUAAAUAUUUUGUGAAAUACUUAUUUGUCGAAAAGACCUUUUACGUUUAUCAUAGUAAAUGACUACCAUAAAAAUUUAUUUUCAUAAACGCUUUAGAAAUUAUCACUCUGAGGCGUUCCUGGCAUGGCUGUACAACUCUGGUCUUGUAACCCUUGUGCCUUGUGCCAACAUGUUGUCAGACAAUUUGUUCGGAAAAAAUCUUAAUUUAUUUGAUUUUUUGUACCUGAUUGUGCACAAAAUUAUACUCUCUGAAGUAUUUAAUGAUUUUUUUAUCACGUGACCGUUUCGCUUUAUUGAAUAAAUAUUGAGUAUUAACAAUAAUAAUUGUGCACAGUGCAAAGAAUAUUGUUUUUUUGAAAUAGUGAGGUGAUUGUUAAACGUUUUAAACAAGAAUACUUUAGGUUUGUUUUCUUUUUUGUUGAUUUUUUUGUAAAGUUUAAUUGAAAUAUAUUUGUGGGGUGUU